GAUGCGGUUGUAGUAAUAUUUUUAGCCUCUCUCUGGAAACUCUCCAUCUCUUUCUCUCUCUAGAAAAGCUCCGACCCUCGUCGUCGGCUCCACCCGAAACCCUAGAAAUCGAGGAAUUUGUCUCGUCCAUUUCUAUUCUAACGGAACGCCCGAGAUUUCCUCGCAAUCGCCCCGGAUCAAAAACCCUAAUCCAUUUCCCUAAGUCUACUCCCAGUCUAAAUCCGUUCAACUUUCCUGCCAGAUCUUACCUCAAUUCGCCCAAAUUUUCCAUUCUUGAUAUAAUAAUUGAUUUAAGCCAAAGAAACCCAAUUCGAUUCUUUUUCUGUCAUAUACAGAUAUUCAUUGUUGAUAUUAAGAUUGUCUAUAGCGUUGAUGGUAGGAAUGGGUAGGGUUUACCAGGAGACAGCGAAGCCCUCGUCGUCGUCGGCAUCGCCGUCUUCACCGGCUGUGACGACUUCGACGUCGAUAACAGAGACCGUAAAUGGCUCUCACGAUUUCAAGAUCACGGGGUAUUCCUUGUCGAAGGGUAUUGGGAUUGGAAAAUACAUAGCAUCCGAUACAUUUAUGGUUGGUGGGUAUGCGUGGGCGAUUUAUUUCUAUCCCGAUGGGAAGAGUGUGGAAGAUAAUGCGACUUAUGUUUCACUUUUCAUUGCUCUGGCAAGUGAGGGCACGGAUGUGAGGGCGCUUUUUGAGCUGACUCUUUUGGAUCAGAGUGGAAGGGAGAGGCACAAGGUUCAUAGCCAUUUCGGUAGGACGUUGGAGAGUGGGCCCUACACUCUUAAAUACCGAGGCAGCAUGUGGGGUUACAAGCGGUUUUUCAAAAGAACUGCUCUGGAGGCAUCAGACUACCUAAAAGAUGAUUGUCUUCAAGUUCAUUGCUGUGUUGGUGUUGUUAGGUCUCACACAGAGGGGCCUAAGAUCUACUCAAUACCAUUGCCCCCAUCAGACAUCGGUCAGCAUUUUGGGCAGCUGCUGGAAAGUGGAAAAGGAACUGAUGUAACUUUUGAAGUUGAUGGAGAAACCUUUAAUGGUCAUAAAUUGGUUCUUGCUGCUCGUUCUCCUGUGUUCAGAGCUCAAUUAUAUGGUCCAAUGAAGGAUCAAAAUUCAGAGUGUAUAAAGGUUGAAGACAUGGAGGCACCUGUGUUUAAGGCUCUACUUCAUUUUAUGUACUGGGAUGCACUACCUGACUUGGAAGAGCUUACUGGACUCAACUCAAAAUGGGCCUCAACCUUGAUGUCUCAGCAUUUGCUUGCUGCUGCUGAUCGGUAUGGUUUAGAUAGGCUCAGAUUGCUAUGUGAGGCUAACCUCUGUGAGGAUGUUGCUAUCAAUACUGUUGCAACAACACUAGCACUAGCGGAACAGCAUCAUUGUUUCCAGCUGAAAUCUGUCUGUCUCAAGUUUGUUGCACAACCUGAAAAUCUCCGAGCUGUCAUGCAAACGGAUGGUUUCGAAUACCUUAAAGAGAGCUGCCCCCAUGUCCUGACCGAAUUAUUGGAGUAUGUUGCUAGAAUCAAUGAGCACUCUAUAGCUGUUGGCAAGCAAGGAAUUGAAGGUAUCUUAGAUGGAAGUGAUGUCAAUGGCAGACGUGUGAAACAAAGACUGUGAAUGUGUUACAAGCAAUAUUGACUCCCAAUUAGCUGAUAAAGAGAAUAGUCUUAGAUCCUUCUUUAGGAUUAUUAUAUAUAUAUAAACAUUUUUCCCGCUGCCCACCUAGUUUGACACAGUUGUAAAUGAUCGUUAUGUUUCCUUUUGUUAUUGUGAGCUAAAAAUGGCUCUUUUCUAGUGCGUGUGCUUGACACCUUCGCUGUACUUCACCAUGGAAGUGUAAUUUGUGUAUGGUUCACCUAACUCACGUAAGGACAUGUUAACAAACUUCGUCUGUAAUGGAUGCUAACAGAAGACUUUCAGAACUUUUAAAUUAUUCAGUCUUGCACAUUCUUAUGGUGUAAGAUAUGUUCGCUAGGUA